UAAUAUAUACUCCCACACACAUAUACAGACAUAAUCAGAGAGAGGAUAGAAUUUCAUAGUCUGUCAACGAUGGCGGCGGAUGGCGUCCAGGUUCUGGAACUGGAGAUGCAACUGAAAGUAGCAGCUGAUAAUUUCUACGAUGUUUUCAAGAAGAAGGAAGAUAUUUCCACGGACAAGACCGAGGUGGUCGCCGUUCAUCAUCGCGACUCUCAAUCCAACUCUUCUACACAGAGCUGGAGUUUUAUCGUCGAGGGCAAGGUCGAGCACAUUAAGGAAAAGAUAGAGCUAGACGAGCAGAACAAAACGGUAAGUUUCAUAGCAGUGGAAGGAGAUGUGAUGAAGCAGUACAAGAGCUACAAGAUAACACUGCAUGUCGUUCCGACAGGUGAAGGAUGUAUUGCCAAAUGGACAUGGGAAUACGAGAAGCUUCAUGAUGAUGUCCCUCCCCCUACCAAAUACGCAUCAUCCGUUGCAGAUUUCUCCCGGGAUCUCGAGACAAUUCUGUCUCAAUGAUCAUGAUAUGUGUGUGUAUGUAUGUAUUCAUGCACGUCAUCGUUGAGAGAAGAAAGGUUGCAGUUGCUAUGUUUAUGCUGCAUAAAUAAAGACGGAAGAUUUGUCUUGCUAA